GGUGGAUAAGACCUCAGGAACUAGUCAGCAAGCGCUUAACCCAACUUCGACUCUGCGCACACGACGACGAGCUCAAGCGCUAAGAAGGCGCUUAUACGUCUCCGCGUCAUCAUCCAUCACGACGACAACGAGCAAGUAGUAUACUGCCAUUCACAUUCCUUUCAUCAUGGCUAGUUCCAGCAGAUUGAAUGAUACAGAACGGUCGAUUCGAGUAACCUUAUUUGGGGCCCACGGUCUCGUCAAGAGGGAUCUUCUAGGCCUGCCUGAUCCAUUUGCAGUCCUAACCGUCGAUGGGGAUCAGACGAAUUCGACGAGAGUAACGAAAAAAUCGCUCAGUCCGUCAUGGAACAACAGCUUUGAUGUAACCGUCCGUCCAUCAUCCAUGAUCGCAAUACAGGUAUUCGAUUACAAGAAAUUUAAAAAGCGAGAUCAAGGCUUCCUUGGCGUAAUCAAUAUUCCAGCAUCUGAGGCCAUUUCCUCCGCUAUGAACUACCAUGAAAUGAUAUCAAGGGACCUAACCAUGUCAUCUAACAACCUGCCUGUUUAUGGAAAGCUCAUAUUCGGUUUUUCGUUACCCACGGAUCCCGUCCCAUCAGCACCUGCUGCAACUGACACAGAUACUUUCAUCAUGUCUACAUCAGAAGCAGCUCAGUUGUCUGCCACAGCAUCCAGCAGCCAAGGGCCACGGUCUGUCGUGCAUGUCGGCGAUGACGAUCACUUGAGACCGUCAACAUCGCGACAGGCACAGCAGCCACAGUCGCCGGCUCAUCAGCAGGAGCAGCCUCUCUCCUCUUCGCCGUCUCUUCGAUCAUCUGCGAGCCAUGCUACUCUAAAUGCCUCCCCUCGAUUCUCCAGACAAGAUGCAAGCCAAAGACCCGUUUCUCAGACUGUUGCCCAGCAGCGGAACGUCGAGGAAGAUGCCAGCAGUCCCCUUCCUGCAGGAUGGGAACGUAGAUACGAUCCCCAAGGUCGCCCAUACUAUGUCGAUCAUAAUACUCGAAGCACGACUUGGCAUCGGCCCAGACCGAAUGGCCAACCUAGUACUCUUUCUCCCGUACCUCAGAUCCAAUCAACACAACAGACGGCGGCACCCGUACGAAAUUCAACCCUUGUUGCAUCCAACCCUCCCACUGUCACUGAUAUUCCCCUUCCACUGGGAUGGGAGGAGCGUCGGACGCCCGAAGGCCGCCCAUAUUUUGUUGAUCAUCACACUAGAACAACAACAUGGGUUGAUCCAAGACGUGCUAGCCAGCCUGUUGUUCCACCUGCCAAUGCUCAUCAGCUUGGUCCCCUUCCUUCGGGAUGGGAGAUGCGUUUAACCUCCACAGGACGUGUCUAUUUCGUGGACCAUAAUACGCGAACGACGUCAUGGGAAGACCCUAGACUUCCAGGAGUUGUGGAUGAUAAUGCACCUCAAUACAAGCGAGAUUAUCGGCGGAAAGUAAUAUACUUCCGCAGUCAGCCUAAGAUGCGCGUAUCUGCCGGCAAAUGCGACAUCCGGAUUAGACGUGCGCGGAUAUUGGAGGACAGUUACACUGCUGUGAUGGCGCAAAAUCCGGCAGACUUGAAACGGCGGCUUCUCGUUAACUUCGAAGGAGAGGAUGGGUUGGACUAUGGUGGCGUGGGCAGGGAAUGGUUUUUCCUACUGUCGCAUGAGAUCUUCAAUCCCUGCUAUGGAUUAUUCGAGUAUUCGACACACGACAACUAUACUCUCCAAAUCAACCCAGCAUCCGCGAUCAACCCAGACCAUCUGAGUUACUUCAAGUUUAUUGGUCGUUGCUUAGGUUUGGCAAUCUUCCAUCGUCGAUUCCUAGAUGUGUAUUUUGUUCCGAGCUUCUACAAAAUGAUGCUGGGCAAACAUAUGUCAUUAGCGGAUCUGGAGAGCGUGGACGCUGAUCUCCAUCGUUCCCUCGUCUGGAUGCUGGAGAACGACAUAACUGAUGUUCUCGAUGAGACAUUCACUACGACCGAAAACCGGUUUGGCGAACUUGUGACUGUCGAGUUGAAGUCCGGAGGGGAAAACAUACAGGUCACAGAGGCGAACAAGAUUGAAUACGUUGAUGCGGUUGUUGCUUACCGUAUAUCAACCCGGGUGAAGGAUCAGUUCCAGUCCUUUAUGGAGGGUCUAUUGGAACUGAUACCUGUCGACCUUGUCAAUGUGUUUGACGAACGGGAGCUAGAGCUACUGAUUGGUGGUAUGGCUGAGAUUGAUGUGGACGAUUGGACCAAGUUUACAGAUUACCGUGGAUACGAAAAGACCGACCAAGUCAUUGAGUGGUUCUGGCAAUGUAUUCGUUCUUGGCCUGCAGAGCGUAAAUCGCGGUUGCUACAGUUCACUACUGGUACUUCACGCGUACCGGUAAAUGGGUUCAAGGAUCUCCAAGGAUCGGAUGGCCCUCGGCGAUUCACCAUUGAAAAGUCUGGUGACCCGCAGGGACUGCCCAGGAGCCACACGUGCUUUAAUCGAUUGGAUUUGCCCCCGUACCAGGAUUAUGAAAGUUUGGAGACGAAGCUGAUAUACGCUAUCGAAGAAACGGAAGGCUUCGGGCAGGAAUAGAUGCUAACCUGGUAUACCAUUUUUUCUUUGGAUUGUAACAUUAACUGUACGAUGCUCCAUUUUAUAAUAAUCAUUUUGUGGUAACUACAAUGUACCAAUCAAUUUGAACCCUUUUUUAAGCUCGCAAAACGGCACCGGCAGAUACGGGCCGGAAA